AGUAGUGCACUAAGUAGGGAAUAGUUUGGGACGAACCCUACACUGGUUGUAAAGUGGAAGGGACACCAGGGUCCAAUUACUCACGCAGUGAGAAGUGAGAACAUCUGUACCUGCGAGCCGAGUGUCUCCAGCGGUGAUUAUAUUUUUUUGUCACACUGGUCUCUACCUCAACUCACCAUUAUUUUAACAUUAUAGUCUUUAUAGUUGCCAGCCGAGCCAUGCCGAAGACAGCUGACCACCGAACACACCUGGUUCUAGAGAACUACAUCGGAGGAAAGUUUGUUCCGUGCUCCCGUCACAUCGACUCCUACGACCCUUCCACCGGGGAGGUCUACUGCAAAGUGCCCGACAGCGGGAAGGAUGAGGUAGGGUUUAGAUACCACGCACGAUCCCAUGGUCGUCCUCGGAUGAAUGUCUUGUCGUUUUGCAUUUUGUUAGCUGCAGAAAGUAAAUGUUCAUUUAUCCCUUAGCUGUGUAUUGGGUGCGUGUAGUUAACCCUGGUAGCGUACGUGUUCAAGUGCCUCUACAAUGUAGUGUAGUAGUAAGUAAUGGUGUAUGCUGCUAUUAUGAUACAACGUAUCUAUCAUGUACCAACAGAAUGUAGCCUAUGUAACAACAAUGUCAUUGUAGCCUAUCACGUUGUGUGAUUGGACACACUAAAUACUGUAGACCUAUAGGCAAACCCAUACAGAAUGAAGAAAGUAGAAGACAGAGCACCGUAAUAUGAGCUGGUAAUAACGUGUGAUAUUCUGAAUAUGCUACCUUACAUUCUUCUGCCUCCUGCUGAGUCACAGAGAUGUACCUUUGCUCUGUGCAAAGUCAAACAGACUGACAGCUAAUGAUUCAACAACUACUAGGUCAAUGGGACUCUGGUCUAGUCGUUUUAUUAAACACACACACACACACAAAAAAAACAUGUUUAAGUAAGAUGUUAGGCUGGCUAAAAGCUGAAAAGUCAAUAUAUUCUGGCGACUAGAAUACCUUUGUUGUUUUUCACUGUCUAGUUUGGAUUGGAGUGUCUGGUGUUUCUCUCAAUAUAGUAGUUUGUCUCUGGAUGUGUUCUAUAGUAUACUAUAUGUUAUGUUCAAAUCUUUUUCUGCUAGGCUCUUUAUGGACUGCAGUUACAUGGUAUUUGGCUUGACAGACACGCGCGCACACACACACCAACCCUGUCCUGAUUGGUUGCAGGUGGAGGCUGCGGUCCAGGCCGCCAGAGAGGCGUUCCCUGAUUGGUCAGCCCGUAGCCCAGCUGAGAGAGGUCAGGUGAUGAAUAAACUGGCUGACCUGAUGGAAGCUCACCUGGAAGAGUUCGCCCAGGCCGAGUCCAGAGACCAAGGUAAUAACCUCUAUCCCCCUGACCUGAUGGAAUCUCACCUGGAAGAGUUCGCCCAGGCCGAGUCCAGAGACCAAGGUAAUAACCUCUAAACCCCUGACCUGAUGGAAUCUCACCUGGAAGAGUUCGCCUAGGCCGAGUCCAGAGACCAAGGUAAUAACCUCUAACCCCUGACCUGAUGGAAUCUCACCUGGAAGAGUUCGCCCAGGCCGAGUCCAGAGACCAAGGUAAUAACCUCUAAACCCCUGACCUGAUGGAAUCUCACCUGGAAGAGUUCGCCCAGGCCGAGUCCAGAGACCAAGGUAAUAACCUCUAACCCCUGACCUGAUGGAAUCUCACCUGGAAGAGUUCGCCCAGGCCGAGUCCAGAGACCAAGGUAAUAACCUCUAACCCAACCCCUGACCUGAUGGAAUCUCACCUGGAAGAGUUCGCCCAGGCCGAGUCCAGAGACCAAGGUAAUAACCUCUAACCCCCUGACCUGAUGGAAUCUCACCUGGAAGAGUUCGCCCAGGCCGAGUCCAGAGACCAAGGUAAUAACCUCUAACUCCUGACCUGAUGGAAUCUCACCUGGAAGAGUUCGCCCAGGCCGAGUCCAGAGACCAAGGUAAUAACCUCUAUCCCCUGACCUGAUGGAAGCUCACCUGGAAGAGUUCGCCCAGGCCGAGUCCAGAGACCAAGGUAAUAACCUCUAACCCAACCCCUGACCUGAUGGAAUCUCACCUGGAAGAGUUCGCCCAGGCCGAGUCCAGAGACCAAGGUAAUAACCUCUAACUCCUGACCUGAUGGAAUCUCACCUGGAAGAGUUCGCCCAGGCCGAGUCCAGAGACCAAGGUAAUAACCUCUAACCCAACCCCUGACCUGAUGGAAUCUCACCUGGAAGAGUUCGCCCAGGCCGAGUCCAGAGACCAAGGUAAUAACCUCUAAACCCCUGACCUGAUGGAAUCUCACCUGGAAGAGUUCGCCCAGGCCGAGUCCAGAGACCAAGGUAAUAACCUGUAACCCCUGACCUGAUGGAAUCUCACCUGGAAGAGUUCGCCCAGGCCGAGUCCAGAGACCAAGGUAAUAACCUCUAAUCCCUGACCUGAUGGAAUCUCACCUGGAAGAGUUCGCCCAGGCCGAGUCCAGAGACCAAGGUAAUAACCUUUAACCCCUGACCUGAUGGAAUCUCACCUGGAAGAGUUCGCCCAGGCCGAGUCCAGAGACCAAGGUAAUAACCUUUAACCCCUGACCUGAUGGAAUUUUGCCUGGGAAGUCUGGACCACAGCAAGACCAUUUGACUUAAAGACACCAUAACAUUUUGAUUGUGUUUGACAUUACAACAUGAUGUUUCCUUGCUAAAGUUUGUGUAGCUACUAGAAGUGUAAGUAUUGUGUCUGUUUUUCAGCUAAAACCCCCCAUGUAGUUAUAACUAUGUUUAAGUAGUCAGCUGUUCCCUCCUGCGACUGUAUUACUGUGUUCCAGGUAAAACAGUUUCCUCCUGUGUGUAUUACUGUGUUCCAGGUAAAACAGUUUCCUCCUGUGUGUAUUACUGUGUUCCAGGUAAAACAGUUUCCUCCUGUGUGUAUUACUGUGUUCCAGGUAAAACAGUUUCCUCCUGUGUGUCUGACUGUGUUCCAGGUAAAACAGUUUCCUCCUGUGUGUAUUACUGUGUUCCAGGUAAAACCGUAACGUUUGCCCGUACGGUGGACAUCCCGCGGUCAGUGUAUAACCUCAGGUUCUUUGCCUCUUCUGUUCUCCACCACACCACCGACUGUAGUACGAUGGACCAUAUCGGCUGUGUCAACUACACCGUCCGCAGUCCUGUGGGAGUGGGUGAGUACUAGCCGUCUGUGGGUGGGUGUGUUUCCGUGUGUGUGACCAGGCCUUGAGGCACUAAAAGCUUUUUGAAGUUAUGAAGCUCGGCCGCGCCAAUAGUGUUUGCCUGCCGAGAGGGCGGUACUACUUAGGGAACCGAGUGCAAAACGAUUUGACAUCACGCCAAGAAAUGUGUCAAGUCAGACGUCGACUGCGCGCUGAACGAUCAGUAGACAACGGGAGAUCCACAUUCGGUGAGAUGUGUGCAACUCUUUAAAGUCCUGUUUUUAAAGCCUUGGAAAUGCUUAUGGGUUAGAGUGGCCUUGUUUGUUAUGGGUAUUGCAGUCAGGGUGAGUGUGUGUCCCAAAUGGUACCCUGUUCCCUACGUAGUGCACUACUUUAGACCAGAACCCAAUGAGCCCUGGUCAAAAGUAGUGCACUAUAAAGGGAAUGGGUCUCUUUCUCAUUCUUUGUGUGUGUAGCUGGUCUGAUCAGUCCCUGGAACCUGCCUCUAUACCUGCUCACCUGGAAGAUCGCUCCGGCUGUUGCUACGGGCAACACGGUGGUUGCUAAGCCCAGCGAGAUGACCUCGGUAACUGCCUGGAUGAUGUGCGAACUACUGGAGGAGGCCGGUAGGACUACACUACCCACAAUGCAACACGACUCACUUCAUUACAACUAAGCAGCAACGACACUGGGAAGAACUAGACUGGUGAAAGCAAACUCCUCUUUCCCUUCUCUUUCUCUCCCUCUCUCUCUCCCCAUUUCUCUCUCUCCUUCUCCUUCCCCUCCUUCUCCAUCCCCCUCCCUUCUCCUCCUCUCCCCUCCCUCUCCCCCCAGGUUUUCCUCCGGGUGUUGUCAACGUGGUGUUCGGCACCGGGCCGCGGGCGGGCGACGCUCUCGUGGGCCACCCUGACGUCCCAUUGGUCAGUUUCACGGGCUCCACGGCGACGGCCCAGCGGAUCACAGAGCGCUCUGCUCCGUUCUGUAAGAAGCUGAGCCUGGAGCUGGGGGGGAAGAACCCUGCCAUCAUCUUCUCAGACGCUGACCUAGACCAAGCUGUCACCACAACCGUACGAUCCUCCUUCUCCAAUCAGGUGAGAGUAAGACUCAGGAUGGGCCAAUAGAGUGAGAGAGGUACUCAGGAUGGGCUAAUGGUGCGAGAGCAUCAUCAGAGGCUGGCCAAUCAUGGAAUAUUGAGUUUGCGGUUGAGUAGGAUGAUGUAACAUUAUAGAAUGCUCAGAUAAAAUAAAUGCAUUGGCAGAAGUGACAUGUUCUCUGUCAUGUAGAAUGAUGAAUCAUAUCAGCUGUAUUCAUGACAGUUUUAUACAUGGAACCCUUCUGAAUAACCCUCAAUGGAGAGAUAUUCUGAGCUGGGACAUGCAGGGUGCAAGUUCAUGUGUUGGCCACAUGGUGGUGACAUGUCUCACAUUUUACUAGCUGACAGUAAAGUCUUCUUCUUCUUCUUCUUCUUCUUCUUCUUCUUCUUCUUCUUCUUCUUCUUCUUCUUCUUCUUCUUCUUCUUCUUCUUCUUCUUCUUCUUCUUCUUCUUCUUCUUCUUCUUCUUCUUCUUCUUCUCUUCUUCUUCUUCUCCUUCUUCUUCUUCUUCUUCUUCUUCUUCUCCUCCUCCUCCUCCUCCUCUUCCUCCAGGGUGAGAUCUGUCUGUGCACCAGUAGGAUCUACGUAGAGAGAAGUAUUUACCCAGAGUUCCUGAAGAGGUUUGUGGCGGCAACGCGGGAAUGGAAGACUGGCGCUCCCUCUGACCCUGACAACAAUAACGGAGCUCUGGUCAGCAGAGAACACCUGGAGAAGGUCUGACAUCACAUACAUUUAAUAUACAUGGUUAUGUGUUUCCACUAGGAUUUUGUUUUGGUGGGAUGGAGUUUUGGCCUGCCUGGUGACAUAACCAAUAUGACCAAUAAAGAAGACCGUUCCAAACCUCUCAGCCAAUAACAGCUAGUUUUCAGUUUUCCCCUCCCCAUACGCCCACACCAUUCUGUUGUUGGGGUACGCCCACACCAUUCUGUUGUUGGGGUACUCCCAGACCAUUCUGUUGUUGGGGUACUCCCAGACCAUUCUGUUGUUGGGGUACUCCCACACCAUUCUGUUGUUGGGGUACGUCCACACCAUUCUGUUGUUGGGGUACUCCCAGACCAUUCUGUUGUUGGGGUACGUCCACACCAUUCUGUUGUUGGGGUACGCCCACACCAUUCUGUUGUUGGGGUACUCCCAGACCAUUCUGUUGUUGGGGUACUCCCAGACCAUUCCAACACAGAAAACCAUUCAGACCCUGACUUUUUCCACAUUUUGUUACGUUACAGCCUCGUUUUCCUCAUAAAUCUACACACAACACCCCAUAAUGACAAAGCAAAAACAGGUUUUUUUAAGUUUUUGCAAAUUUAUAAAAAAAUUGAAAUAUCACAUUUACAUAAGUAUUCAGACCCUUUACUCAGUACUUUGUUGAAGCACCUUUGGCAGCGAUUACAGCCUCGAGUCUUCUUGGGUAUGACGUUACAAGCUUGGCACACCUGUAUUUGGGGAGUUUCUCAGAUUCUUCUCUGCAGAUCCUCUCAAGCUCUGUCAGGAUGGAUGUUAGAUCGGGUUAAAGUACGGGCUCUGGCUGGGCCACUCAAGGACAUUCAGAGACUUGUCCCGAAGCCACUCCUGCAUUGUCUUGGCUGUGUGCUUGGGGUCGUUGUCCUGUUGGAAGGUGAACCUUCACCCCAGUCUGAGGUCCUGAGCGCUCUGGAGCAGGUUUUCAUCAAGGAUCUCUCUGUACUUUGCUCCGUUCAUCUUUCCCUCGAUCCUGACUAGUCUCCCAGUCCCUGCCGCUGAAAAACAUCCCCACAGCAUGACGCUGCCACCACCAUGCUUCACUGUAGGGAUGGUGCCAGGUUUCCUCCAGACGUGACGCUUGGCAUUCAGGCCAAAGAGUUCAAUCUUGGUUUCAUCAGACAAGAGAAUCUUGUUUCUCAUGGUCUGAGAGUUGCUUCCGUCUGGCCACUCUACCAUAAAGGCCUGAUUGGUUUGAGGUCGGGUGAUUGUGGAGGCCAGGUCAUCUGAUGCAGCACUCCAUCACUCUCCUUCUUGGUCAAAUAGCCCUUACACACCCUGGAGGUGUGUUUUGGGACGUUGUCCUGUUGAAAAACAAAUUAUAGUCCCACUAAACCCAAACCAGAUGGGAUGGCGUGUUGCUGCAGAAUGCUGUGGUAGCCAUGCUGGUUAAGUGUGCCUUGAAUUCUAAAUAAAUCACUGACAGUGUCACCAGCAAAGCACCAUCACACCUCCUCCUCAAUGCUUCACGGUGGGAACCACACAUGUGGAGAUCAUCCGUUCACCUACUCUGCGUCUCACAAAGACACGGCGGUUGGAACCAAAAAUCUCUCAUUUGGACUCAUCAGACCAAAGGACAGAUUUCCACCGGUCUAAUGUCCAUUGCUCGUGUUUCUUGGCCCAAGCAAGUCUCUUCUUAUUAUUGGUGUCCUUUAGUAGUGGUUUCUUUGCAGCAAUUCGACCAGUAUGAAAAAUGUAAGUCGCUCUGGAUAAGAGCGUCUGCUAAAUGACUAAAUGAAGGCCUGAUUCACACAACCUUCUCUCAACAGUUGGUGUUGAGAUGUGUCAUUUAUUUGGGCUGCAAUCUGAGGUGCAGUUAUUCUAAUGAACUUAUCCUCUGCAGUAGAGGUAACUCUGGGUCUUACAUUCCUGUGGCGGUCCUCAUUAGAGCCAGUUUCAUCAUAGCGCUUGAUGGUUUUUGCGACUGCACUUGAAGAAACUUUCAAAGUUCUUGAAAUGUUCCAUAUUGACUGACCUUCAUGUCUUGAAGUAAUGAUGGACUGUCGUUUCUCUUUGCUUAUUUGAGCUGUUCUUGCCAUAAUAUGGACUUGGUCUUUCACCAAAUAGUGAUAUCUUCUGUAUACCACCCCUACCUUGUCACAACACAACUGAUUGGCUCAAACGCAUUAAGAAGGAAAUAAAUUCCAAAAAUUAACUUUUAACAAGGCACACCUGUUAAUUGAAAUGACUUCCAGGUUAUGAAGCUGGUUGAGAGAAUGCCAAGAGUGUGCAAAGCUGUCAUCAAGGCUACUUUGAAGAAUCUCAAAUAUAAUACAUAUUUUGAUUUGUUUAACACAUUUUUGGUUACUACAUGAUUUCAUAUGUGUUAUUUCAUAGUUGUGAUGUCUUCACUAUUAUUCUACAAUGUAGAAAAUAGUAAAAAUAAAGAAAAACCUUUGAAUGAGUAGUUGUGUCCAAACUUUUGAUUGGUACUGUAUAUAUCAUCUUUUUUGGAGUGGCUGCCUCAAUUUAAGUUAAUAUAGGGAAAACACUGAAGUAUGUUACAGGAAAUCUAUACGGAAAAUUGGGAAUUUUUAGGACUAGUGGGAAAAUCUUUCUUUCCAUCCAUGUACAGUAUACUCGCAUGUUAUUUACCUUGGCAGCCCCCCUCCAGGUGGAUAGCUUCAUGACCCUGGUCUGUGUAGAGUUUUAGAGUUAGGGUUAUAUUAACAGAUAUACACCUGUCUAACCUGUCCCUUCCCCUCCAGGUGCGCAGCUUCGUGACCCUGGCGCGGUCGGAGGGUGCCACGGUGCUGUGUGGGGAGGGCGAGGACCCGCUGGUGCUCCCGGAAUGUAACACCGGCGGCUACUUCAUGCGUCCCACCGUCAUCACCGGCGUAGCCGAGUCAUCCCGUGUGAUGCAGGACGAGAUCUUCGGCCCCGUCGUCUGCGUCAACCCCUUCGAUGGGGAAGCCGAGGCUGUUGCUAAGGGCAACGGGGUACGCUACGGCCUGGCGGCGACCGUGUGGACGCGGGAUGUCGGGCGAGUGCACCGGGUGGCGAGGAGGUUAGAGGCGGGGCUUGUCUGGACCAACUGUUGGCUGGUCAGGGACCUGAACCUACCGUUCGGAGGCAUGAAGAACUCAGGGGUGGGGAGGGAGGGAGGGAGGGAUAGCUAUCACUUCUUUACGGAGGUCAAGACCAUCACUGUUAAACACUGAGAGAUAGAUAAAGAGAGAGAGGUGACCUGAAAUUAAAAGUCCCCAUAAGGAAAGUGAAACAAGGAAAAUGAUCCCUUGUCGGGACAUUUCCCACUUCCCCACGAGGACAAUGUCUAUUUUAAGUUUAGGGGUUAGGUUUCUGUCUGGAUGUCUUUCAUCAAUAAAGCUUUCUGUCUGGAUGUCUUUCAUCAAUAAAGCUUUCUGUCUGGAUGUCUUUCAUCAAUAAAGCUUUCUGUCUGGAUGUCUUUCAUCAAUAAAGCUUUCUGUCUGGAUGUCUUUCAUCAAUAAAGCUUUCUGUCUGGAUGUCUUUCAUCAAUAAAGCUUUCUGUCUGGAUGACUUUCAUCUUGCAAUCACAGCUGCAGUUGUUUUUUCUUUCUGGUGCUGUGAUAUGUGGUUGUGUUCUACCCAACUGUCCCUUAAUGGAAAAUGACUCAACUAAAAGGAAAGAUCCCUUAAUGGAAAAUGACUAAAUUAAAAGUCAAAGUCACCCAGUAAAAUACUACUUGAGUAAAAAUCCAAUAGUAUUUGGUUUUAAAUAUACUUAAAUAUCAAAAAUAAAUGUAAUUGCUAAAACAUACUUAACUAUCACAAGUAAAAGUAUAAAUCAUUUCAAAUUCCUUAUAUUAAGCAAACCAGGCAGAACCAUUUUCUUGUUUUUUAUUUAUUUACCAAUAGCCAGGGCACACUCUAACACUCAGACAUCAUCUACAAACAAAGCAUGUGUGUUUAGUGAGUCCACCAGUUCAGAGGCAGAAGGGAUGACUUUCCAUUCCUGCUAAGCAUUCAAAAUGUAACGAGUACUUUUGGGUGUAAUGGAUGGAGUAAAAAGUACAUCAUUUUCUUUAGGAAUGUAGUGAAGAGUCCAACGGCGGCGAGCUUUACACCACUCCAGCCGACGUUUGGCAUUGCGCAUGGUGAUCUUAGGCUUGUGUGCGGCUGCCCGGCCAUGGAAACCCAUUUCAUGAAGCUCCCGACGAACUGUUCUUGUGCUGACGUUGCUUCCAGAGGCAGUUUGGAACUCGGUAGUGAGUGUUGCAACCAAGGACAGAUUAUUUUUACGCGCUUCAGCACUCGGCGGUCCCGUUCUGUGAGCUUUUGUGUCCUACCACUUUGCGGCUGAGCCGUUGUUGCUCCUAGAUGUUUCCACUUCACAAUAACAGCACUUACAGUUGACCGGGGCAGCUCUAGCAGGGCAGAUAUUUGUCAACUGACUUGUUGGAAAGGUGGCAUCCUAUGACGGUGCCACAUUGAAAGACUCUGAGCACUUCAAUAAAGCCAUUCUACUGCCAAUGUUUGUCUAUGGAGAUCACAUUUAAAAAAAACAUUUUUAUUUGUCACAUACACGUGUUUAGCAGAUGUUAUAGCGGGUGUAGCGAAAUGCUUGUGCUUCUAGCUCCGACAGUGCAGUAAUAUCUAACAAGUAGUAUCUAACUUGUGCUCGAUUUUAUACACCUGUCAGCAACGGGUAUGGCUGAAAUAGCCAAAUCCACUAAUUUGAAGGGUUGUCCACAUAAUAGAAAAAAUAUAGGCCUAUGAACCGUUUUUGUUUCCCUUACAAUAAAAACAGAGUGUAAUCCAUUUGACCAACUUUAUUUGUAGAUUUGAUUCGUAAUAGAGUUAUUUACAUUUUAGUCAUUUAGCAGACACUCUUAUCCAGAGCGACUUACAGUUAGUGAGUGCAUACAUAAUUUUUUAUACUGGCCCCCCGUGGAAAUCGAACCCACAACCCUGGUGUUGCAAACGCCAUGCUCUACAUCCCUGCCGGCCAUUCCCUCCCCUACCCUGGACCAAUUGUGCGCCGCCCCAUGUGUCUCCCGGUCGCAGCCGGCUGCGACAGAGCCUGGAUUCGAACCAGGAUCUAUAGUGGCACAGCUAGCACUGCGAUGCAGCGCCUUAGACCACUGCGCCACUCGGGUGAUGCAUAAUGUCCAGUUGCAGCUUCUUUUGACAAAGUAGAAACCAAAAAGGUAAUAAUAAUAUCCAGCUGAACAAAAUCACCAGUGAACAAUUGUAAAGGAUUAAUUGCAUAAAGAAAUAUUUGUGGAAAUAUAUUCAUGACAAGAUAUAAAAACAGUCAUUUGUUGAACGUAUCAGAUGCUGAAUGGUGCCCUCAUACCCGUCCCUUUAUGCUUCAGGUCAGCACACAGCUUCGGGGCUUUGUGUGAGCAAGCUCCACAAACAAAUCGGUUGCACUGCACACAGUUUUCAUGGUCCUUGUUUCGUGUGCACCUGCUGCCUUGACAUUGGGUCUUCUGUUCCCCAGUGGGAGCUGUGGUGCUUGGGGAAGAGGGAGAGCAGGACCUGCUGCCUUGACAUUGGGUCUUCUGUUCCCCAGUGGGAGCUGUGGUGCUUGGGGAGGAGGGAGAGCAGGACCUGCUGCCUUGACAUUGGGUAUUCUGUUCCCCAGUGGGAGCUGUGGUGCUUGGGGAAGAGGGAGAGCAGGACCUGCUGCCUUGACAUUGGGUCUUCUGUUCCCCAGUGGGAGCUGUGGUGCUUGGGGAAGAUGGAGAGCAGGACCUGCUGCCUUGACAUUGGGUCUUCUGUUCCCCAGUGGGAGCUGUGGUGCUUGGGGAAGAGGGAGAGCAGGACCUGCUGCCUUGACAUUGGGUCUUCUGUUCCCCAGUGGGAGCUGUGGUGCUUGGGGAAGAGGGAGAGCAGGAUCUGCUGCCUUGACAUUGGGUCUUCUGUUCCCCAGUGGGAGCUGUGGUGCUUGGGAAAGAGGGAGAGCAGGACCUGCUGCCUUGACAUUGGGUCUUCUGUUCCCCAGUGGGAGCUGUGGUGCUUGGGGAGGAGGGAGAGCAGGACCUGCUGCCUUGACAUUGGGUAUUCUGUUCCCCAGUGGGAGCUGUGGUGCUUGGGGACGAGGGAGAGCAGGACCUGCUGCCUUGACAUUGGGUCUUCUGUUCCCCAGUGGGAGCUGUGGUUCUUGGGGAAGAGGGAGAGCAGGACCUGCUGCCUUGACAUUGGGUCUUCUGUUCCCCAGUGGGAGCUGUGGUGCUUGGGGAGGAGGGAGAGCAGGACCUGCUGCCUUGACAUUGGGUCUUCUGUUCCCCAGUGGGAGCUGUGGUGCUUGGGGACGAGGGAGAGCAGGACCUGCUGCCUUGACAUUGGGUAUUCUGUUCCCCAGUGGGAGCUGUGGUGCUUGGGGAAGAGGGAGAGCAGGACCUGCUGCCUUGACAUUGGGUCUUCUGUUCCCCAGUGGGAGCUGUGGUGCUUGGGGAAGAGGGAGAGCAGGACCUGCUGCCUUGACAUUGGGUCUUCUGUUCCCCAGUGGGAGCUGUGGUGCUUGGGGAGGAGGGAGAGCAGGACCUGCUGCCUUGACAUUGGGUCUUCUGUUCCCCAGUGGGAGCUGUGGUGCUUGGGGAAGAUGGAGAGCAGGACCUGCUGCCUUGACAUUGGGUCUUCUGUUCCCCAGUGGGAGCUGUGGUGCUUGGGGAAGAGGGAGAGCAGGACCUGCUGCCUUGACAUUGGGUCUUCUGUUCCCCAGUGGGAGCUGUGUUGCUUGGGGAAGAGGGAGAGCAGGAUCUGCUGCCUUGACAUUGGGUCUUCUGUUCCCCAGUGGGAGCUGUGGUGCUUGGGAAAGAGGGAGAGCAGGACCUGCUGCCUUGACAUUGGGUCUUCUGUUCCCCAGUGGGAGCUGUGGUGCUUGGGGAAGAGGGAGAGCAGGACCUGCUGCCUUGACAUUGGGUCUUCUGUUCCCCAGUGGGAGCUGUGGUGCUUGGGGACGAGGGAGAGCAGGACCUGCUGCCUUGACAUUGGGUCUUCUGUUCCCCAGUGGGAGCUGUGGUUCUUGAGGAAGAGGGAGAGCAGGACCUGCUGCCUUGACAUUGGGUCUUCUGUUCCCCAGUGGGAGCUGUGGUGCUUGGGGAAGAGGGAGAGCAGGACCUGAUACCUUGACAUUGGGUCUUCUGUUCCCCAAUGGGAGCUGUGGUGCUUGGGGAAGAGGGAGAGCAGGACCUGAUACCUUGACAUUGGGUCUUCUGUUCCCCAGUGGGAGCUGUGGUGCUUGGGGAAGAGGGAGAGCAGGACCUGCUGCCUUGACAUUGGGUCUUCUGUUCCCCAGUGGGAGCUGUGGUGCUUGGGGAAGAGGGAGAGCAGGACCUGCUCCCUUGACAUUGGGUCUUCUGUUCCCCAGUGGGAGCUGUGGUGCUUGGGGAAGAGGGAGAGCAGGACCUGCUGCCUUGACAUUGGGUCUUCUGUUCCCCAGUGGGAGCUGUGGUGCUUGGGGAAGAGGGAGAGCAGGACCUGCUGCCUUGACAUUGGGUCUUCUGUUCCCCAGUGGGAGCUGUGGUGCUUGGGGAGGAGGGAGAGCAGGACCUGCUUGCUUGGUGACUGUAGCUUCUUUCUUGGUGUUCAUGUGGUUCUCACGAAGCUCACAUGCCAGAUCCAUGAUUAAAUAUCUCCUGCUGACUGUCUUGUCAAGGCAUUGCUUGUACAAAACGUGCGAGUUGAUAGAAGCCAUGUUGAGCGUGUUGUAGAACACCGCAACAGGCCAGCGGUGAGUACCUCCUUUUACAGAGUACAGUCUUUCCAUCUGGUGGAGUGCAAUUUUUAUUUAAUUAAAAAAAAAAAAAAAUUGCAAUCCCCCUUCAAAAUGCUAAAGUAUAGGUCAUCCAAUAAAGUAAGUCCCCUAAAAAUACAAUCAACAGGAUAGAUCUCACCGAAUUGCUGUAGUAGAGGGAAAAUCCGUCCUGUUGGAGAUUUCAUUACAAUAAGCUCAAUGUUCAUGGCAUCCUACAAAACCACCAACAUACGAACCCUUUGUAGUUGGAGUAACAAUCCACAAUAAUGAGCAAAAAGUAUUCAGUUGAAUGGUUAAUUCUAGGCCACUUAAAAGGUUUUUUCACACAAUAGAACCUACACUUCCCCCCCAAAAUUCCCUAUUAAAAGGAUAGUCCACCAAAAUGACAAUGGCAGACAUCUUCGCUUUGCCAGUGCAAAUAACGAAGCCAGGACUGGCAGAUACAUAAACAGCAUGACAAUGGAAAGACACAUAUAAUGGCUUAACCUUGUAAGGUUUUUUAAACUUUAAACCAGACAUCUGUACCGUGUACAGUGUAUGCACUCACUAACUAUAAGUCGCUCUGGAUAAAAGUGUCUGCUAAAUGACUAAAAUGUAAAUGUAAAAUGUAUUCGAAAAGUAUUCAGACCCCUUGACUUUUUCCACAUUUUGUUACGUUACAGCCUUAUUCUAAAAUGCAUUAAAUACAUUACCCCAUAAUGACAAAGCGAAAACAGGUUUUUAGAAAAAACAGAAAUACCUUAUUUCAGACCCUUUGCAUUGAGACUCGAAAUUGAGCUCAGGUGCAUCCUGUUUCCAUUGAUCAUCCUUGAGAUGUUUCUACAACUUGAUUGGAGUCCACCUGUGGUAAAUUCAAUUGAUUGGAUUUGAUUUGGAAAGGCACACACCUCUCUAUAUAGGGUCUCAGAGUUGACAUUGGAUGUCAGAGCAAAAACCAAGUCAUGAGGUCUAAGGAAUUGUCCGUAGAGCUCCGAGACAGGAUUGUGUCGAUGCACAGAUCUGGGGAAGGGUACCAAAAUAUGUCUGCAGCAUUGAAGGUCCCCAAGAACACAGUGGCCUCCAUCAUUCUUAAAUGGAAGAAGUUUGGAACCAUUAUGGUAGAGUGGCAAGACAGAAGCCACCCCUCAUCAAAAGGCACCUAAAGGACUCUCAGAUCAUGAGAAACAAGAUUGUCUGGUCUGAUGAAUCCAAUAUUGAGCUCUUUGGCCUGAAUGCCAAGUGUCACAUCUGGAGGAAACCUGGCACCAUCCCUACGGUGAAGCAUGGUGGUUGCAGCAUCAUGCUGUGGGGAUGUUUUUCAGCGGCAGGGACUGGGAGUCCCUCAUCUAUAUUCUUCGUAGCCGUCUAUUUACCACCACAAACCGAUGCUGGCACUAAGACCGCACUCAACAAGCUGUAUAAGGCCAUAAGCAAACAACAAAAUGCUCAUCCAGAAAUGGCUCUCCUAGUGGCUGGGGACUUUAAUGCAGGCAAACUUAAAUCCGUUUUACCUAAUUUCUACAAGCUAUGUGCAACCAGAGGAAAAAAACUCUAGACCACCUUUACUCCACACACAGAAACACAUACAAAGCUCUCCCUCGCCCACCAUUUGGUAAAUCUGACCAUAAUUAUAUCCUCCUGAUUUCUGCUUACAAGCAAAAACUAAAGCAGGAAGUACCAGUGACUUGCUCAAUACGGAAGUGGUUAGAUGACGCAGAUGCUAUGCUACAGGACUGUUUUGCUAGCGCAGACUAGAAUAUGUUCCGGGAUUCAUCCAAUGGCAUUGAGGAGUAUACCACCUCAGUCACUGGCUUCAUCAAUAAGUACAUAGACGACGUCAUCCCCACAGUGACCUGCGUACAUAACCCAACCAGAAGCAAUGGAUUACAGGCAAUAUCCGCACUGAGCUAAAGGCUAGAGCUGCUGCUUUCAAGGAGCGGGACACUAAUCCGGACGCUUAUAAGAAAUCCUGCUAUGCCUUCAGACGAACCAUCAAAUAGGCAAAGUGUCAAUUCAGGACUAAUAUUGAAUCCUACUACACCUUGAGGCAAGCAACACUGAAGCAUGCAUGAGAGCACCAGCUGUUCCGGAUGACUGUGUGAUCACGCUCUCCGUAGCCGAUGUGGGCAAGACUUUAAACAGGUCAACAUUCACAAGGCCGCGGGGCCAGACGUAUUACCAGGACGUGUACUCAGAGCAUGCGCGGACCAACUGGCAAGUGUCUUCACUGACAUUUUCAACCUCUCCCUGACCGAGUCUGUUAUACCUACAUGUUUCAAGCAGAUGACCAUAGUCCCUGUGCCCAAGAAAGUGAAGGUAACCUGCCUAAAUGACUACCGCCACGUAGCACUCACGUCGGAAGCCAUGAAGUGCUUUGAAAAGCUGGUCAUGACACAUCAACACCAUCAUCCCGGAAACCCUAGACCCACUCCAAUUCGCCCCAACAGAUCCACAGAUGACGCAAUCUCAAUUGCACUCCACACUGCCCUUUCCCACCUGGACAAAAUGAACACCUAUGUGAGAAUGCUGUUCAUUGACUACAGCUCAGCGUUCAACACCAUAGUGCCCACAAAGCUCAUCACUAAGCUAAGGACCCUGGGACUAAACACCUCCCUCUGCAACUGGAUCCUGGACUUCCUGACAGGCCACCCCCUGGUGGUAAGGGUAGGCAACAACACAUCUGCUACGCUGAUCAUCAACACGGGGGCUCCUCAGGUGUGAGUGCUUAGUCCCCUUCUGUACUCCCUGUUCACCCACGACUGCGUGGCCAAGCACGACUCCAACACCAUCAUUACGUUUGCAGUGGUAGGCUUGAUCACCGACAACGAUGAGUCAGCCUAUAGGGAGGAGGUCAGAGACCUGGCAGUGUAGUGCCAGGACAACAACCUCUCCCUCAACGUGAGCAAGACAAAGGAGAUGAUCGUGGACUACAGGAAAAGGAGGGCUGAACAUGCCCCCAUUCACAUCGACGGGGCUGUAGUGAAGCGGGUUGAGAGUUUCAAGUUCCUUGGUGUCCACAUCACCAACAAACUAUCAUGGUCCAAACACACCAAGAAAGAGGACACGACAACGCCUUUCCCCCUCAGGAGACUGAAAAGAUUUGGCAUGGGUCCCCAGAUCCUCAAAAAGGUAUACAGCUGCACCAUCAAGAGCAUCCUGACUGGUUGCAUCACCGCCUGGUAUGGCAACUGCUCGGCCUCCGACCGCAAGGCGCUACAGAGGGUAGUGCGUACGGCCCAGUACAUCACUGGGGCCAAGCUUCCUGCCAUCCAGGACCUCUAUACUAGGCGCUGUCAGAGGAAGGUCCAAAAUAUUGUCAAAGACUCCAGUCACCCAAGUCAUAGACUGUUCUCUCUGCUACUGCACGGCAAGCGGUACCGGAGCUUUAAAAAAAAAAAAUCUGGUCAUUUAGUAAAUAUUUUCUUAAAACUGAACUGUUGGUUAAGUGCUUGUAAGUAAGCAUUUCACAGUAAGCUUUGAUUUGAUAAGUAAAAUUUGAUUUGAUUUGAAAUACAUGUAAAAAACAAAAACAAAUGUUUAAUCUUAUAUCUCUCAGAUAUAGGAGAGACACUUCAGAACAAACUUCCUUUUGAUAUUUUUUGGGGACUAUCUGUUGUUCCAUGUAGUGAAUCUAUUAUUCAAUGUGUUUGAAUGGGUAGCUCUCCAGGAACAGGGUUGGAGUUAAACUGGCCACCGAGAUGGCAUCAUACUCCCCCAACAAGCAGCAGCAUGUGGCUGACCUCACUGCUGUUCAGCGAACUCCAUGAUGCCAACUUGACAUUGAACAUGGAGAAAUUUCAUUUCCUAAAGACUCAGCUGAAGUUUCUUGGACAUCUUGUCUUCUUGUUUCUUGGACAUCUUGUCAUCUUGUUUCUUGGACAUCUUGUCCAGACAAAACAUCAGCGUUGACCAACUUCCUCCCACCAUGCAAGGACUCUAGGAUGUCAUGUAUGAAGGGUAUUGGAUAGGCAUCGAGAGGUGUCUUGGCAUUCAAGCCUCUGAAAUCAGCGCAAAAAACCAUGGGUUUGCCAACCAACACCACAGGGGCUGCCCAUGAGGGAUGGGAUGGUUCGAGGACAUCAUCCUUUAACAUUUUCUCCACAUGUUUUCAGAUUAUUUCUUUCUUAAGGGGUGACACCUGAUAGGGCCUGGACCGAACCGGGAUGUCAUCUGAGGCAUGCUUGAUCACAUUGGUUCUUCCUAUCUUCUCUGAACAAACAGAUUGGAAGAGGCUGGAUUUCAGAAGGUUGAUUUCUCAGCCAAUUAAAUCUGUGGAUGGAUCUGAGAGGGGAUGACCUCUAGUGGAGAGAACAGAGGGCAUGGCAACAUAAAGGCUGAGGCCCUGUAGUCUCCUUUUAUCUUCAGCCCAUAGUUGCGUUCUCCAAGGUUCAUUUGAAUCCCUUUUUUGUUCAAGAAAUCUAGACCGACAAUGAGGGGAAAAGCCAGGUGGAUGUCAGCCAUGAUAAGCCAGGUUUUCAGGAUCCACACAGUCCAAUGCCACACAUACACUUACCAAUAUCCACCAUUUUGAGAUACUUACCAAUAUCCACCAUUUUGAGAUACUUACCAAUAUCCACCAUUUUGAGAUACUUAUCCAUACCUACCAGUGCCACCAGAAUCAAUGCCUGUUUGUUAUCCACGUAGCUGUACCAUGAUACACGACAUACAACAUUUUUGAUUUGAGAUUCUUCAAAGUAGCCACUCUUUGCCUUGAUGACAGCUUUGCACACUCUUGGCACACACACACAAAAGUAUGUGGACACCCCUUCAAAUUAGUGGAUUCGGCUAUUUCAGCCACACCCCUUGCUGACAAGUGUAUAAAAUCGAGCACACAGCCAUGCAAUCUUCAUAGACAAACAUUGGCAGUGGAAUGGCCUUCCUGAAGCACUCAGUGACUUUCAAUGUGGCACCGUCAUAGGAUGCCACCUUUCCGGUCAACUGUAAGUGCUGUUAUUGUGAAGUGGAAACGUCUAGGAGCAACAACGGCUCAGCCGCGAAGUGAUAUGCCACACAAGCUCACAGAACGGGACUGCCGAAUGCUGAUGCGCGCAGCGCGUACAAAUUGUCUGUCCUCGGUUGCAACACUCACUACUGAGUUCCAAACUGCCUCUGGAAGCAACGUCAGCACAGUAACUGUUUGUCAGGAGCUUCAUGAAAUGGGUUUCCAUGGCCGAGCUGCCUCACACAAGCCUAAGAUAACCAUGCGCAAUGCCAAGCGUUGGCUGGAGUGGUGUAAAGCUCGCCGCCAUUGGACUCUGGAGUAGUGGAAACGUGUUCUUUGGAGUGAUGAAUCACCCUUCACCAUCUGGCAGUCCUGACGGACGAAUCUGGGUUUUGUGGAUGCCAGGAGAAUGCUACCUGCCUGAAUGCAUAGUGCCAACUGUAAAGUUUGGUGGAGGAGGAAUAAUGGUCUGGGGCUGUUUUUCAUGGUUCGGGCCUAGGCCCCUUAGUUCCAGUGAAGGGAAAUCUUACGCUACAGCAUACAAGGACAUUCUAGACUAACUUUGCGGCAAUAGUUUGGGGAAGGCCCUUUCGUCUUUCAGUAAGACAAUGCCCCUGUGCACAAAGUGAGGUCCAUACAGAAAUGGUUUGUGUGGAAGAACUUGACUGGCCUGCACAGAGCCCUGACCUCAACCCCAUCAAACACCUUUGGGAUGAAUUGGAACACCGACUGCGAGCCAAGGCUAAUUGCCCAACAAAUUAGCUGGGUCCAUGUCUUCUACAAAUGAUAGGAAAGGUUGCCAGAUAUUAUAACAUGUAAUUCCAGAUCCCCUAACGGAGGACAUUUCUCCAAAAAGUACGAUCUUUGUCCCCAUGUACAGUUGCAAACCGUAGUCUGGCUUUUUUAUGGCAGUUUUGGAGCAGUGGCUUCUUCCUUGCUGAGCGGCCUUUCAGGUUAUGUCGAUAUAGGACUCGUUUUACUGUGGAUAUAGAUACUUUUGUACCUGUUUCCUCCAGCAUCUUCACAAGGUCCUUUGCUCUUGUUCUGGGAUUUAUUUGCACUUUUCGCACCAAAGUACGUUCAUCUCUAGGAGACAGAACGUGUCUCCUUCCUGAGUGGUAUGACGGCUGCGUGGUCCCAUGGUGUUUAUACUUGCGUACUAUUGUUUGUACAGAUGAACACGGUACCUACGGCUAAAGGCUCAAUUGCAAUGGCAAACAGCUGAGGGGAUAGAGGACAACCCUGUCCUGUCCCACGUUGAAGUUGGAAAUAGGAUGAAAGGUUAUUAUUUGUGCGCACCGCAGCCAUAGGGGAGGAGUAAAGGACUUUGAUCCAGGACAAAAAAAUUGAUAAUCCCACUCCACCCGAUCAAACGCCUUCUUAGCGUCAAAAGAUAACACUAUCUCUGGAGUGUCAGAUGAAGAGGGAUUAUAAAGACGUCUGAUGUUGAAAAAAUAAUGACGAUUUAAAAUGAAGUCAAUUUGAUCUGUAGAGAUAAUGGAGGGAAGGACUUACUCAAAACGGCCGGCAAUCAUCUUAGAAAGUAUAUUUACAUCGCAAUUCAGUGAAUAAAUUGUGAAUCACACUCAAGUUUUUUUUUAAAUACAUGCUUGUCUCAUUGUUGAGGGUAAAGAUUUUGAGGACAAUGAUUCCUCAAAUACAGAAAGCAAGAGAGGAGAGAGUUUAUCGGAUCAUAUUUUAAAGAAUUCGCUCGGAAAUCCGUCAGGUCCAGGGGAUUUACCACACUGCAUAGAUUUCAUUGCCAACACAAUCUCUUCUACAGAGAACUGUUCUUCUAAUUCAGCAGCUAUCUCAGGUUCAACUGUAGGAAUAUCUUAUUUCUCAAAAAAGGUGUCGAGUAAGGUAGCAUUACCAGCGGAUUCCGAAGUGUAUAAUUGUGAGUAAAAGUUAUGAAAGCAUGAAUUUACCUCUAAAUGAUCAAUUAUCAAUCAUUAUCAAUACAUUUGUUACCCAGCUCGUCAGUUAUCUCAGGUAUGGUUUCUCUGAGGGCAGCAAGAAUCUCGGCCUUCAAAUCCUAUGUGUUCAUUUUUUUGCAGAGCCGAGGAGCCGCUGCUUUUUGA